CAUGUAUAUACAUAGACCCCGCAGGUGGCAGAAAGCAGAUGACCCCACGCAGAUGAAGAGCCGCAGAUGGUACGGUAUCAAAGCCUCGCCCCACGCGAGUCAGCGACUAUCAGACUCGGUGAACAACCUACGGUAGCGGGAAUGCCCGAGCAUAUGUACACAUCCAGCACGUUGACUCGAGUAUAACCCGAAUCUUCACACAGUUGCCUAGAACACACCGAAGCCGGUCUCAAAGUCCGGAGCCAGGCGCGGCAUCCAAGCCGUUCACCAGGAGAUGGACGAUAUCGCUUCGAUCGAAGCACAAUUCGGUGACAUUGGGAAGGGAAGACGGCCUUCACCGCCACGGCCCAUCACGCUCGAUAUCGACGACGCACUGCUGCAACCGGCCACCCACGGAGGCUGCUCUAACAGCCCACUCAGCGGUGGGAGCUGGGCGCGCCACGAUCCAAUGGCGCUCAACGAGCGUGUCAAUAAGCACACUACGUUCCUGAACCAGCUCGGGCAGCUGUGCGUCGAGUCGAAAGUGCGAUACUGCGAGAACGAGACGUGUAUGCGGAACAGGACGGAGAUGGACAGCGUCGCCCCGCUGUGCGAGUGGAAGGCGUUUCGCGAAUGGGCACUUACCACUACGUCCUGCCAGGCGUCGUACAGCGAGCAUGACAAGAGGGCCAGGACGUACACUCACUUGCGCACCGCAUGCUGUAUGACCCACUGGGUUCUGUUGGGUCGCAAGCACGAUGGCCGCCCGGUCAGCCCGCAGCUCAGGGGCCGCAAUGGUCGGCUGCACAAGGUGGAUCUUAUGGGCGUUUGCGAGGUCAUCUACUGGACCUUGACGAUCCAGUCGUUCCUCGGAAUGGGCGCCGUCUUCGAAGGCCGGUGGGAGCCGAACCUUUUACCGCAGCAUAUAUUUUUCCCUGCGGUAGUCAAGGCAGCCGAGACGGCAUCCGAGCAAGGGCUGUGCCCGAACCGAGUGUGGAGCCUGGCCAUGGCGAGCGAGCGCCAACAACUCGAUCUGCACCCGCUCAUGGAAGCCAUCAGGAAGCACGGAUCGUUCCGCCACGCCGGACACGAGCACUGCACGGCGGGAUUCUGCCAUUUCACCACCAUCGACAGUACCCGAAUGCAGCAGCUACAUAAGUGUGCGGACGCGCGCACCUGCGCGAAGAAGCAUUUCGACUCGCGGCUUCUCGCGGAGUCGUUCAAUCGCGACGGGAGCACGACGUGGUCGCUUUCCGGCGGCGCUGAUACUCCACUCCCCGCUGGCCGGCCGUACGUCGCCAUAUCGCACGUGUGGUCCGACGGGACCGGAGUGGGCGUGGGCGAGAAGGACAGGGUCAACCACUGCCUCUGGGAAAGCUUUUCCGGCAUCUGCGCGGACUUGGGCGCCGAAGGGAUCUGGUGGGACACCAUCUCCAUUCCGAUGGAGCGGGAGACACGCAGGAAGGCGAUCAAGGCCAUGAACGAGAACUACAAGAACGCGGAAUAUGUACUCGUCCACGACCAGUAUCUUCUCGACUUCGAGUGGGCAGACGACGGAAGCCCCUGUUUAGCGAUGGUGCUUUCUCCGUGGUUCACGCGGGGCUGGACCGCGUUGGAACUCUACAUGUCGAAGCGAGUGAAAGUGCUGUACAAAGGGCAGCAACCCGGCGUCUCCGUCGUGAAGGACCUGGACGAUGAUAUCCUGGCCAAGGACCCCGCGCGCAGCACUCGCGCGCACUGGAUCGCAUCCUCACUCAUACGAAAGCUACGGAAGGAACUGACCAACGUCUCUGAUAUCCUAGUGACGCUACAGCCGCGCAGCACCUCCAAGUCUCCCGACCGAAUCAUCAUCGCCGGGCUCCUAGCGGGUCUCAAAGACCACAACUUCCAGCUGCCAGUCGGCGAGACCACCAAGGCGAUCAUCACCCAUCUUGGGCGCAUACGACCGCCCAGCCUCAUGCACGGCCACGUGACAAUGACCACGUCGGAUGGGUUCUCGUGGUGUCCUCCAAUGAUCCUCGACAUGCCGACGGACGCAGCAGGCGACCUGGAGAGCGGCUCGUUCUACAACGAAGUGGUGACGCUGCAGGUCGACGCACUGGGGCGGGUCCAGGGAGACUGGGACUACCGGCUGCUGACGCGCGGCGACGCGGAGGAGGGGAAGCUCCUGCCGUUCGGUACGCACUGGUCGGUCGUGAUGAAGAUCAAGCUGGCGCUGCAGAAGUGGCGGAAUUGUAUCCUGCUGGGUGUCAGGGAGCCCGGGGAGAAAGAUGAGCCGGUGCUCCUGGUGGCUACCGUGGCGAAGGAGUCGGCGGGCCGUGAGGUCGUCGAUUGUCGCUACGUCGGAAGUGUGCACGAUCGUCAUCCGCGAAACGUCGGGAAGGACCGGAGAGAGCGCAGUAUGAUGUUUAAACGCUUACACGGAUUUGCGUGCAUACGGAUCGGCGGCGAGGAGGGGAGGCCGGAUGCAGACGCUCGCGAGGUUCUCGGAAUGGACGAGUGCGAAUUGAACGGCGAUGACGAAGAAGGGGGCGGUGGCGAUGCCGACCACGACGAUGGUGAAAAGGAGGACGAUGGUGAUGACAAACACAACGAAACCGCCGAUAGUGACGCCGACAGUGAUGAUGAUGACUACAAUUCGAUUGUGGACAGUGAUCCAGAUGAGGAAUUUGGACCGCGGCGCCCCCGAAGUUUCUUACGAACCCUGCAGCACGCGAGUUGAUGCGUGGAUGGGGAAUAGAAUAAGCCACGUACGGUAGAGCGAACAAAUGAAGGUGGUAACUAGGCCGUGUCUUGACUCUUUAUUGAACAGUGCAUAUAGUAAAUCCAGAACCGCAACUGUCCGCCCCGGUCAUACGAGUUCGCGGCCAGCGGUCUGUACGAGCUCGCGGACAGCGGCCUGUGAUAGCCCGGGAAGCGGAUUUUUAAUCUGCC